AUGAAGAAAUCUAAUAAAAUUACAACAGCAUCAGGUGCAGAUAAAGGAGGCAAAGAUGAAAAGAAAAAGGGAAAUGCAUUAAGUGUUGGAUACUUUCAGCUGUUUCGAUUUUCCACCUGGAAAGAUAAGGCGAUGAUGGUGGUGGGCAGCUUGUGUGCCCUCAUUCAUGGUGCAGCUUCACCUCUCAUGCUGCUGGUGUAUGGCAUGAUGACAGACAUAUUUGUGACUUAUGAGCUGGAGGUACAAGAGCUGAAAGACCCAAACAAGGAGUGCAAAAACAACACUAUCUAUUGGACCAAUGGUUCCAUAUAUGAAACAGCUGACAACAAUACUGUUUUUUGUGGGGUAGAUAUUGAAGCACAGAUGACCAUGUUUGCAUAUUACUACAUUGGCAUUGGGUUAGGAGUUCUGGUUGUUAGUUAUUUUCAGAUUCUCUUCUGGGUGUCAGCGGCUGCGAGACAAACUCAGAGAAUCCGAAAAACGUAUUUCAGAAAAGUGAUGCAAAUGGAGAUUGGAUGGUUUGACUGCAACUCUGUAGGUGAACUGAACACAAGAAUAUCUGAUGAUAUCAACAAGAUCAACAAUGCCAUCGCCGAUCAGGUGUCUAUUUUUGUUGAGAGGCUCUCUACUUUUGUGUUUGGCUUCAUGGUUGGAUUUAUUGGUGGGUGGAAACUGACUUUGGUUGUCAUAGCUGUGAGCCCCCUGAUUGGUUUAGCUGCUGGACUGAUGGCCAUGGCAGUGGCCAGACUGACAGGACGAGAGCUAAAGGCUUAUGCAAAAGCAGGAGCAGUGGCUGAUGAGGUCCUGUCAUCUAUCAGAACAGUAGCAGCUUUUGGUGGAGAGGAAAAAGAGGCUACAAGGUAUGACAAUAACCUUGUAGAAGCCCAAAACUGGGGAGUGAAAAAGGGUGCAAUCAUUGGAGUAUUUCAAGGAUACCUCUGGUGCAUCAUUUUUCUUUGCUACGCUUUGGCCUUCUGGUAUGGCUCUAAACUGGUCAUCGACACCCAGGAACUGUCUCCUGGUAGUCUCAUUCAGGUUUUCUUUGGAGUACUCAUGGCAGCUAUGAACCUUGGGCAGGCCUCACCGUGCCUGGAGGCCUUUGCUUCUGGUCGUGCUGCAGCGAAGACUAUUUUUGAAACGAUUGACCGGGAACCAGAAAUUGAUUGUUUCUCAGAAGAUGGCUACAAAUUAGACAAGGUCAAAGGUGACAUAGAGUUCCACAAUGUCACUUUCUACUACCCUUCAAGGCCUGAAGUCAAGAUUUUAGAUAAUCUGAGUGUGCAGAUCAAAUCUGGAGAAACCACGGCUUUUGUUGGACCAAGCGGUUCUGGAAAAAGCACCACAAUACAACUUAUUCAAAGGUUUUAUGAUCCAAAGGAAGGAAUGGUGUCUUUGGAUGGCCACGAUAUCCGCUCUCUAAACAUUCAGUGGCUCCGCUCUCUAAUUGGUAUUGUAGAGCAAGAACCAGUUCUGUUUGCCACAACCAUUGGUGAGAACAUACGGUACGGUCGGUCUGGAGUGACCAUGGAAGACAUUAUCCAGGCAACAAAAGAGGCCAAUGCUUAUAAUUUUAUUAUGGAACUACCACAGAAAUUUGAUACACUGGUGGGUGAAGGUGGAGGCCAGAUGAGUGGAGGACAGAAGCAACGGAUUGCUAUAGCUCGAGCUCUUAUCCGAAACCCUAAGAUCCUGCUACUAGAUAUGGCCACAUCUGCCUUGGAUAAUAAGAGUGAAGCUACAGUGCAGGAAGCACUGGAUAACGUACGCACAGGCAGGACAACAAUCUCUGUAGCCCAUCGUCUUUCCACAAUUCGGAAUGCAGAUGUGAUUGUUGGAUUUGAGCAUGGUCAGGCUGUGGAGAGAGGAACACACAGCGAUUUGCUAGAAAGGCAAGGGGUCUACUUCACCCUUGUCACCCUGCAGAACCAAGGCUCAUCCACCACUGCUAAUGAAGUGAUCAGUGAAACUCCAGACAAAGAUGUUGAUCUGAAAACAAGUUUUAGGCGUGGAAGCUGUAGAUCCAGUAAAAGAUCUCUCUUCGGCUCCAUUCGGCUACGAUCUCAGAGCAAGUUGUCCAGUGAUUUUGUCCCAGAUGCAGUAUCCGGCAGUCUCAAGAUCCUUUCAGACAUAGAGGAACUUGAUGAUGAUGAUGAUGAGCAUAAAGAAACUGCCCCAGUUGCACGUAUCCUCAAGUACAACCAGCCAGAAUGGCCUUACAUGCUGCUGGGCUCCCUGGGAGCUGCAGUCAACGGCUCUGUUAACCCUAUCUAUGCCAUCCUGUUCAGCCAGAUUCUUGGGACUUUUGCCAUUCGUGACUUGAAUGAGCAGCGGGAGCAGAUCAAUGGGAUAUGUGUUCUGUUUUGCAUCGUGGCUGUGACUAGUUUCUUCUCCCAGUUUCUGCAGGGAUAUACCUUUGCCAAGUCUGGAGAGCUGCUGACCCGUCGUCUAAGAAAAGUGGGCUUCCAGGCCAUGUUGAAACAGGAGAUCGGUUGGUUUGAUGACCCCAGAAACAGUCCUGGAGCUUUGACCACUAGACUGGCCACAGAUGCAUCCAUGGUUCAGGGGGCAACAGGUUCUCAGAUUGGCAUGAUUGUAAACUCUUUGACCAACAUUGGAGCCUCAUUCAUAAUUGCAUUCUACUUCAGCUGGAAGCUAACUUUGGUAAUUAUGUGCUUCCUGCCACUCAUUGGACUGUCUGGUGUAUUCCAAGCCAAAAUGCUGACAGGCUUUGCAAAUGAAGAUAAAAAGGCUAUGGAAGCAGCUGGCCGGGUGUCCAGUGAGGCUCUCACCAACAUCAGGACCAUUGCUGGCUUGGCCAAAGAGUCCUCAUUUGUGGAAUCAUAUGAGGAGAAACUUGAGCUUCCUUACACAGCUGCCAAAAAAAGAGCCAAUAUCUAUGGAAUCUGUUUUGGUUUUGCCCAGUGUGUCAUCUUCAUGGCUUAUGCUGCUUCAUUCAGAUAUGGAGGCUACCUGGUUAGAGCUGAGGGCUUACAAUACAUGUUUGUUUUUAGAGUGAUUUCAGCUGUGGUAAUCAGUGGUACGGCACUUGGCAGAGCAUCAUCCUUCACUCCAGAUUACGCCAAAGCUAAAACUGCAGCUGCUCAGCUUUUUAAACUGUUGGACAGGGUUCCUAAAAUCAGCCUGAGUCACACAGAUGGAGACAAAUGGGAGCACUUCAGAGGGGAUAUUGAGUUUGUUAAUUGUAAGUUUACCUAUCCAACACGACCAGACAUCCAGGUGCUUAAUGGCCUGAAGGUGUCUGUGAAGCCUGGUCAGACUUUAGCAUUUGUUGGGAGCAGCGGCUGUGGGAAAAGCACCAGUGUUCAGUUGCUGGAAAGGUUUUAUGACCCCGAUGAAGGGCAAAUGUUAAUUGAUGGCCACCCCUCCUAUGCAGUCAAUGUACCCUUCCUAAGAUCUCAGAUAGGCAUAGUGUCACAGGAGCCAGUUUUGUUUGACUGCAGCAUAGCUGAAAAUAUACAGUAUGGAGAUAACGCACGCAGAGUCAGCAUGGAAGAAAUUAUUGAGGCCGCCAAGAAAGCCUAUCUUCAUGACUUUGUGAUGACUCUACCAGAUAAAUAUGAGACUCAGGUUGGUGCCCAGGGAUCUCAGCUGUCAAGGGGACAGAAACAACGCAUUGCCAUUGCCAGAGCCAUUGUUAGGAACCCCAAGAUCUUACUUUUAGAUGAGGCCACCUCUGCCCUGGACACAGAAAGUGAACAGAUUGUCCAGUCUGCCCUGGAUGAAGCGAGAAAAGGACGAACCUGCAUUGUCAUAGCUCACCGACUGUCAACCAUCCAGACAGCUGACAUCAUAGCGGUGAUGUCUCAUGGAGUUGUCAUAGAACAAGGCACACAUGAUAAACUCAUGGCCAAGAGGGGCGCUUAUUAUAAACUGGUCACAACGGGUGCUCCCAUCAGCUAA